AUGGCCGAUCCUGCUCUUGAAGUCUGCCCAGAUUUUGCCAGAGACCUAUAUGCUGCCAUAUGCCUAGACUUAGUAAACACAACCAACACAACUCACCAAGCAGUAGCUGAAAGGCUGAGAGAUGCAUGGACAGCCAGCCAUGAGUUAAGAGUCCUUGAGUGGAACUGCCAGAGAGAGGAAGAAGUGCAAGCAGAAGCAGAAGUGGAACAAGUGUGUGUGGUCUGUGAAGAAGAAGAGUGCACAGCAAUGGAAGCAGAAGCUGAGAAGGAGUGCCUUGAGACAGAAAGAAAGAAGCCCAAGAUGAAUGGCUUCAGUGCGAAUGCCACUGUGGGUGAUGCCAUUGCCCCUCAUCCUUCUCAAUACACUAUUCAAAAACUAAACAAUUUCAAAUAUAUAGAGCUAUGGUACUUCUCCCCAGAUGGCUGCAAGGAGGCCAUGAAGACAUCAUGCUCCAUCGCAGAUGACACUUUUAGCCUAGUGAAGCUUGACAAUCAACUAACCAUCUGCCCAGCAUUGGCCUUCAAGGCAUCCAGAUCAGCACUCCCAGACCACGAACUCCCUUUCUCCAUUUUCCUCUGUGCAAAGAACCUCUUCCUCACCCAAGCAAAUAUGGCAAAAUGGCUGCAGAUGCACAUAAAUGCCCUCGCUCUUUUCUUCUGGCACUUGGAAAACCACCCCAUAUGA